AAAAUCGUUAAUGAUUCAUUAGUUCAGAACGUUUAUUUAAGGAGUUCAGUUCAUGAGUGUGUUAAAGGAUUUAUAGGAUCAAGAUGAAGCUGCUCCUAGCUGUGAUCCUGAUAGCUUCAAUCAUACACGUUCAAGCACAAGCCAACAAAGACAGGUUCAAUUCCGUAAACAUAUAUGAAGUUCUAGCAAACAAGAGGUUAUUGACAGCGUAUAUAAAAUGCGUUCUGGAUAAAGCACGGUGUACACCAGAGGGCAGAGAAUUAAAAUCUCAUAUAACAAAAGCACUACAGAGUGGAUGCGAUACGUGUACAGACGGGCAAAAGGAAGGGGUCCGUAAAGUCAUCGCACACCUGGUGAAGCAUGAACAGGACUACUGGAAACAACUCGUCGAAAAGUAUGACCCUGAAGGAGUCUAUUCGCAGAAAUACGAGGACGAACUGAAGGAACUGAACGAGGACGGAAAAAUUUCAAAAUGAGCUGAACUGAACAGGAUCUCUUUCUUUCUGCUCUAUUGGUCGAAAAAUGGCACUUAACUCGCUUCGGUUACCUAAGUUUCCCUCUCUCUCACACAUGUUAACAUUUUCAAUGAUUUUGAAAGAAUCCGUACACUUUUUAACCGACUUGGAAAAAAGGAGGAGGGGUUCUCAAUUCGUCGGAAUCUUUUUCUUUAACAAAUGUGGCUCAGACAAAUCCUAAACAAUGAAAUUACGCUCAUUUUAGACAUAUUUUUCGAAAUACGAGUAUACAUAUAGAUUUGAUAGAGAAAAAUAGGGAUGUAAAAUACUGAAUGUUUCCGCCAUGUUUCUUUAUGAAAUACUACUGAUAUUACAAUGAAAAUAUGUCUUAUGUGUUGUAACCUACUCAAGUUUAUUGUUUAAGACUUUGCUUAGCAACAUUUGUAAAAAGAUUCUCUCACAAACAUUGAAAAUAUUAGAAUGUGCAUGACAGAAGGAAACAAAGCUAAGAUAACCACAGCGCCUUAAGGAAAAUGCUGUGUCGAGCUUUGAUAAAUAAUUACAAGAGGAGCGGAAAAGUGUCCGUGAAAACAUCCUCUGUUUGCAUUCAUUCUCAUUGCAUUUACGCAUUGCUUUUAAUUCCUGACCAUUUAGACGAGCGUGGCGAUCCGCUGACGCUACGGAGUUGAUGUAGUGAGCGCAUGUCUAUAGAAGUCCAUAUAAAGUACCUAUACCCAUAAGAAUACUAACCGCACGAGUCCGUGCAGCCGGGUAAUUCAGAACACUCGAUUCGAUAAGUUAUCGUACGAUAAGAUGUAUUUUUCAAUUGAAAGUAUCGGUAUCGGUAUUCGGUAUCUCAUCGUACGAUAACUUACCGAAUCGAGUGUUCUGAAUCGCCCGGCA